CAGGAUAAGACGGGCCUUCGCGAGGCAAACAAUACAUACUUUGAUAUGUUUCUGCGGCAGCACUCACACCGGUGGCUAAUGCGCCGUCUAUCUUGUGGACCGCACGGUAUGUUUCUCAGUGAAGGAGGGGUUACAUGGCCAGGUCAUCAUCAGGGGAAACUCAAUAAAUGGAACCGAUAUUCUGUGAUACUCUGAGGAUUUUUGCACGGAGAGAGGAGAUCGCGCAAUCAUGCUACUACGGCAUCAUGUCUCUGGGAUAUGAACCCAGGCCUUCAGAGAUCAUAUCUACCUCGGUCGCUGUCCAGAACAACACAGAAUUCAAGGAAUGGCAAGACCUUAUGACGCCAGCCAAUGGGGCAAAGACUGAGAAGCCUAUCCAGAUAGUUCAGUGGUUGAAUGGCAAGGCUGUGUUACCUCGGAUCACAAUUGAUUCCUAUAACGACACCUGCAAUCAUGGCAACGAAGCUCACUCGAGGCUGUAUGCUGCCAUGGACCAUACGGAUGUGUUGAUGGCAAGUUUUGUGAAAUGGAUGGCGUUUAUUCGCGAUCGGUUCGAUAAUAAGAGUACCAAUAAAGAAUGCAGCAACAUUACCCUAAUGCUGUUCGACGAGGUGCAUUUGGUGAUUGAAGCUGAGGCUGAUGAAAUUGCGAGUCUCUUUGAGUGGUCUCAUCGUUUCGCAUUUGGCCAGAAGCUUUAUAUUGAAGAAGUAGAGUGUAAUGUUCUUGUCAUUAUUUAGCUGUAUGUUUUCUUCCAUGAAUCAGAAGCAUAGGAAAUUGAUAUCGAACAU